AGUGUGGAAACCAAUGAAACCAAAACAUUAAGAUCUUUGAAUGUUAGAUUUUAGAAAAUAUCUGGUCUAAUCUCAGAUCAAUCUUAUCUCAUCUUUUCUCAUCUCAACUUCCCAUCUUGGCUUCGAGAGAGCAACUCUAUUUACCAAACUUCUUGGUUUGUCACGAAUAGAACCACCACACUUUCUUUAAGGACAGAAAUGAUCACUAUCGGUCCCCUUUACCUGUUUCGUACAUCAUCCAGUGUGACUGAGACAUUAGAUGCUGAACUAGAAACUGAACAACCAUAUGACUAUAAUGACUACUACAAUGGAAAUUUGGAUCCAUCUGCAUUCUCUCCCUGUAAAUAUGGAGGUCAUGGAGCAAACAUCCUCCCUGUGUUAUACUCCCUGUUCUUCGUGGUGGGUUUUCUGGGUAACAUUCUGGUGGUCUGGGUGCUCUUGAUGGGUGUAAAGCUGAGAAGCAUGACUGACAUCUGUCUCCUGAACCUGGCUUUAGCUGAUCUGCUGCUGGUCUCCUCCCUUCCCUUCUUGGCACACUAUGCCAGGGACCAGUGGAUCUUCGGAGGGGUCAUGUGCACCAUCGUUCUCAGUGCCUACCACAUUGGAUUCUACAGUGGGAUUUUCUUCAUUGUACUCAUGAGUGUUGAUAGAUACUUAGCUGUGGUUCAUGCUGUGUUUGCUUUGAGAGUCAGAACCAGAACAUAUGGGAUCUUAGCCAGUGUGGUCAUCUGGAUCAUUGCUGUUUCAUCAUCCUUUCCAGAGCUAAUGUAUCUGAAAAUCAGUUAUAAAAAUAUCACAGAAAAACUCUGUACUUCUUAUCCCCCGGAUGAUCAAAGUUCUAAACAUUUUUCAAAGACUUUUGGUAUCUUUAAGAUGAAUAUUUUAGGCUUAAUUAUCCCACUCAUUGUAAUUGGAUUUUGUUACUCAAUGAUUCUGAGCAGACUCCUCACAGCUCGCUCUUCCAGGAAGCAGGCCAUGCGCCUUGUCAUUGUGGUGAUGGUUGUCUUCUUCAUCUGUUGGGCUCCAUACAAUUUUGCAGCUUUUGUGAAAGCCUUAGAGCUUAAAGAGCUCAUAGCUCACUCCUGUGAAAGCAGCAAUGCAAUCACUCUUAGUCUGCAGAUUACAGAAGCCGUAGCUUACUCACACAGCUGCCUGAAUCCCAUUCUCUAUGGGUUUGUGGGAGAGAAAUUUAGGAGGAAUCUGUUCAGACUCCUGUACAAGACACCCUGCAUCAGAUUACAGUUCAUGAAGAGUUACCUUACACAGGCCACAUCUGUUUUUUCACAAACCAUCAUUGUGGAGGAAAGUGCUACAACAGCAGUGUGAAUUUAGUGAAAUGGUAGUUUUGAAUCUCCCAGUAUUGUUGUAGUGGAGAUUUUAUAAGUUGUGGAAUUAAUUUGGAACUUGGAAAUGUUCUAAUAGACAUCAUUGUUCAGGAAAUCUGACAAGCAUCAAUGUUGCCGCAUCAGUCAAGAAUUUUUUUUUGUAGAAAUGUGCUGUUUGCCGGCAGCCAUGAUUAAUUUUUUCUAUGAGUGAAAGCGUCCAAUUACAGUGAGUUAUUAAAAUAAAGCAAGAAAUAUUUGGCUGGUCAUUUGAUCUCAACAUGUGGACACUCAUCAAUGUCAACCCAGCACGAAAUGUAGACUACAGCAGCUUUUUCUGUAAAAUAGAUAUGACUUGAUUCAGUGGUGUAUCUACUGGGCAUGUGAAUAAAA